AUGGAUAAAGAUUUGAAAAGAAAAUUAGAGCUUCCAUUUUUUGGAAGAAAAAAAGCAAACAAUGAUGCAAAUGCAAAGACAAGUAAAGAAGAAUUCAAUCUUGGAGAUCUUCCUACUGAUCUAGGUUUAAGGAUCCCAAUUUUGGAUUAUAAUCCAAAUAUUCGAGACCAAGUUAGAAGACAUUAUAUGCAAAUGGGUCCUUGUCAACCUCGACAUCAUGAUUUUCCCAAGAAAAAAUGUGGACAAGCAUUUAGAAUAUUUAAUCCUGAUUGGUUUGAUGAUUAUAAUUGGUUGGAAUAUAGCAUAGAAAAAGAUGCUGUAUUUUGUUUGUGGUGUUAUCUUUUCAGACCAACCGGUGGUAAAAAGUUGGGCAACCAAUCUUUUGUUAUUGAAGGGUUUUCAAAUUGGAGAAAGAUAGAAAGAUUGAGUACUCAUGUUGGACAUGUUGGUAGCAAGCACAACCAAGCUCGUAGAAACUGUGAAGCCUUGAUGAACCAAAAGCAACAUAUUGAAACUAUUAUUUCUAAGCAGUCAAGUCAAGUUAAAAAAGAAUAUCGAACCCGGUUGGAAACAUCUGUGAUGUGUGUACGGUAUCUUUUACGACAAGGACUUGCCUUUCGUGGCCAUGAUGAAUCUCUAGACUCAACAAAUCAGGGUAACUUCCUAGAGCUUUUACGAUUUGCAGCUUAUUUUAAUGAUGAUGUUAGAAUUGCUACACUAAAAAAUGCUCCUGAAAAUCUGAAAUUAACAUCACCCGAUAUUCAGAAAGACAUCAGUAAUGCUGCCGCAGUUGAAACUACCAAUAUUAUUAUCAAAGAUAUUGGAGAUUCUCUUUUCUCUAUUUUAGUUGAUGAAUCUCGUGAUAUAUCAACAAAGGAGCAAAUGGCUAUUGUGUUGCGCUAUGUGGACAAGAAUGGUCAUGUGAUUGAACGCUUUAUAGGCAUUGAACAUGUUCCUAACACUACUGCUUUGUCUCUUAAGGCUGCAAUUGAUAAACUAUUUUCAAGAUAUGGGUUGAGUAUAUCAAGACUAAGAGGACAAGGUUAUGAUGGAGCAAGUAAUAUGCAAGAUAAUCAGAUUAAAAUAGUUGCGGAAGCACUUGAAAAUGGUGAGAUUUCAAGGGGACGUGGUUUGAAUCAAAAUACUUCUCUUAAACGCUCUGGAGACACACGUUGGGGUUCACAUUAUGGUACGUUAAUGAGCUUGAUUACUAUGUUUUCAUCUACAAUUAAAGUUAUUGAAACAAUUGUUGAAGAUGGAUCAAGUGAACAAAGAUUUGAAGCAAAGAAUUUGUUGGAAACGAUGCAAUCAUUUGAUUUUAUAUUUAGUCUCCAUUUAAUGAGAACCAUAUUGGGUGUUACAAAUGAGUUGUCAAGAGCACUACAAAGGGAGGAUCAAGAUAUUUUAAAUGCCAUGUGCUUAGUUAAGAUAUGCAAGCAACAAUUAUAA